AAAAAAAACUUGACAGUAAGCAGAGCUCGCCGGCGAUUUGUUUGUGAGUUCCCGGUGUAUUUUGAAGAUUCAUUUGUGGGUGUGCUUUCAUCAGCUUUGAAUUUUAUGAAAUGGGUUGAUUUUGGUUUCCCUGAAGUUUUCUGCAGCUUAUUUGUGGAGUUGGUGUUCAGGAAGUGAUUUGUUUAUCUGAAGGUCCAAUUUUCUGGAAAUUGGUAGUUAUUCUGGCAUUGAGAGCUUCAACAUUUUCAAAAUUGGAUAAAGAUUCAAUUAUUUUGUAGUUUCUUUUGGUUUGGGGAUUGUGGUUCUGAAGCCAUAUCCUAGUGACAUCAGUUGUUCUAGAAAACCCCAUGUUGUUCUAGAAAUUGCUAGACAUUUGAGAAGCUAUGUCUUCUUUUUCAUCUAAAGAUCCUUCCGCACUGUCCUAUCCAAAGUCACUAUUGUCUAUCGUAACUACAGUAGGAGGUCUUGCUGUGUUUUUAAUUCUUGCUUCCUCAUUUCUGGUUUCUCAGCCUAUUGGGGCUGCAGUCCAUGAGUAUUUUUAUGGUGUUCAUCAGUUGACAAGGCCUAAUUUAUUAGAUGGGGAUAGGGUAAAAUUUGCUGAUCCUCGACGUGAUGAUGUUGGUAUUAAUGGUACACCUAACUUUAAUUUGACGGCGAAGGAAAACAAUGAAAAAGGACUUGAGGAUGAAAAGGACCAGAUUUCCAAAUCUCAAGACGAAAAGAAAGAGCCAGAUUCUAAGGGGGAGCUAGUUGAAAAUUCUACCCAAAUACCUGUUUUGUCAGAAUCCAAUCAUUCUGUGGUUCAACCACAUCCUGAAUCAAAGCAAGAAGACGAGAAGAGUAACAAUGUUAGUUCGCAUAAGGAAAGCAAGAAUGAAGGGACUCUUCCAUCUUCUGAUACCCAUUCAGAGGACGUAAAAUCUUCAUCUACUGGACCCAAUAGCGUAAAUCAGGCUAAGCUAGAUCCAGAAUGUGAUCUAUAUCAUGGAAAAUGGAUUUCUGAUCAGUCUGGACCAUUGUACAGAAAUGACUCCUGUCCUGUCCUGACACAGAUGCAGAACUGUCAAGGAAAUGGAAGGCCUGAUAAGGAUUAUGAGAACUGGCGAUGGAAACCAGCUCAGUGUGAACUGCCACGAUUUGAUCCAAAGAAGUUUUUGGAACUAAUGAGAGGAAAGACUUUAGCUUUCAUUGGUGACUCAGUUGCUCGCAACCAGAUGGAGUCAAUGCUGUGUAUCCUUUGGCAGUAUGAGGUUCCGAAGAAUCGUGGGAACAAAAGAAUGCAGCGGUACUAUUUCAGAUCCACAUCUACUAUGAUUGUUCGCAUUUGGUCUUCAUGGCUUGUCAACCAAACAUCUGGACCUCUUGAUUUCGCUCCAGCAGGUGUAGUUAAGCUCCACCUUGAUGUUCCUGAUGAUGGGUUCAUGCAAUACAUCCCCCAGUUUGAUGUCGUUGUGCUCUCCUCCGGCCACUGGUUUGCAAAGCAAUCUGUUUAUGUUCUGAAUAAUGAGAUUGUUGGAGGACAACUGUGGUGGCCAGACAAGUCUAGAAAGAUGAAGGUCAAUAAUGUUGAAGCUUUUGGAAUCUCUGUUGAAACCAUCCUGACUGCCAUGGCAACACAUCCGAAUUUCAGUGGUAUUACCAUUGUUCGUUCCUUUUCACCUGAUCAUUACGAGGGCGGAGCAUGGAACACGGGAGGAUCAUGUACUGGAAAGGUGAAGCCUGCAGAGGAUGGUGAGCUGGCUGAAAAUGGCUUCACAAACAUAAUGCACGAAAAGCAAUUCUCGGGUUACACUCAUGCAAUUAAGAAGAAAAACAACAAGUCCGCCUUACUAUUUAUGGAUAUCACAGGAGUCUUUGCAUAUCGCCAUGAUGGACAUCCUGGUCCUUACAGAAGCCCCGAUCCAAACAAAAUCACAAAACGAGGUCCUGAUGGUAAACCCCCUUCACAAGAUUGCUUGCAUUGGUGCAUGCCAGGUCCUGUUGAUACAUGGAAUGAGCUGGUAUUUGAUCUUGUAAGGAGAGAAUUCGAGAGAAGACAGAGUAAUGCUUCAUGACUCGUGAGAAAGAUCAUUGCUGCUAAAACCAUUUUUCGUGCUUCUACAGCACAGCUACCGUAAGAAUAUCUCUCUCUCUGGAAAGGAGUUCAGCUUGUAGUUACUUUAGAUCUCUUAUUGUAGCUGGUGUUGUAAUCUAUGUUUAGAUAUUCACAUUCCACAGUAAGAUAAAAGUACAUGGAAUUAAUUUUCUCAGGUCUCAAGUAUGUGCAGGAUAAUUAUAACUACUUAUAUACAUACGUUUCCUUUUGCAAUAAAAUUGCACCUCUCCUUCUA